UUUAUUGCAGAAUAAAUUAUGGCAUCGAGACUAUAUCAAAUAGGUGUGACAACCUUAAGUGCCACUAUUGGUACAGUUUUGGCAACAUGGACGAUCGACCGUUGGAAUUCACCACAUACGGCCAUUGCCGAAAUGAAGAGACCACCCAAACGUAAGCGUACCUUGGUCUCGCGUGCCGAACAAAUGAAAUCUCUGAUGGCUGGUGAAGAAUUUGAUGUACUUAUUAUUGGUGGUGGUGCCACUGGUGCCGGUUGCGCUUUGGAUGCUGUUACUCGCGGCCUGAAAACAGCUUUAGUCGAAGCUGAUGAUUUUGCCAGUGGUACCUCAUCGCGUUCGACUAAAUUGAUUCAUGGUGGUGUGCGUUAUUUGCAAAAGGCUAUUUUAGGCUUAGAUUUUGAACAAUAUCGUAUGGUUAAGGAAGCCCUACAAGAGAGAGCAACCAUGCUUGAAUCGGCUCCCCAUUUAGCUCAUCCAUUGCCUAUUAUGCUGCCAGUUUAUCAAUGGUGGCAGGUACCAUACUAUUGGGUUGGUAUUAAAUGUUACGAUUUGGUUGCUGGCGAUCGUAAUGUCAAGAGUUCGUAUUAUCUAUCGAAACAAGAUGCUUUGGAACUGUUCCCCAUGUUGAAAAGGGAUAAGCUAUGCGGUGCUAUUGUCUAUUAUGAUGGUCAACAGGAUGACGCCCGCAUGUGUUUGGCAGUUGCCCUAACAGCUGCCCGUCACGGUGCCACCGUAUGCAAUCACGUCGAAGUCCUUGAGCUGCACAAGAAAAAUGAUGCCUCCGGCAAAAAGGUGCUGUGCGGUGCCAAAGUUAAAGAUCACAUGUCCGGCAAGGUGUUCGACGUCAAGGCAAAGUGUAUUAUUAAUGCCACCGGCCCGUUCACCGACACCAUUCGCAAAAUGGACGAUCCAACUGUCAAGACAAUUUGCUGCCCCAGUUCCGGUGUCCAUAUUGUAUUACCUGGCUAUUAUAGUCCCGAUCAAAUGGGUCUAUUGGAUCCAUCGACGUCAGAUGGUCGUGUAAUUUUCUUCUUACCCUGGCAGAGGCAGACAAUUGCCGGCACCACAGAUCUGCCAUGUGACAUUACGCACAAUCCCAAGCCCACGGAAGAUGAAAUUCAAUUCAUUUUGAAUGAAAUCAAGAAUUAUCUCAAUGCCGAUGUUGAGGUGAGACGUGGUGAUGUGCUGUCCGCCUGGAGUGGUAUUCGUCCAUUGGUGUCAGAUCCCAAUAAGGAUGAUACCCAGUCGUUGGCUCGUAAUCACAUUGUCCAUGUCAGUCCAUCGAAUUUGAUUACCAUUGCUGGUGGCAAAUGGACAACAUACAGGGCUAUGGCGGAACAUACUGUGGAUGCGGCCAUUAAAGCUUGUAAUCUGAAACCAGAACGUCCUGAAGCUGUUACCUCCUACUUGAAGAUUGAGGGCGGCCAGGGUUGGACCCCAACCAUGUACAUCCGUUUGGUACAAGAUUUUGGAUUGGAAUGCGAAGUUGCCCAACACUUGGCCAAGUCAUAUGGUGAUCGUGCCUUUGCUGUGGCCAAAAUGGCCUCCCUAACUGGCAAACGCUGGCCCAUCAUCGGUAAUCGCAUCCAUCCCGAUUUUCCCUAUAUUGAUGCUGAAAUCCGUUAUGGUGUCAGGGAGUAUGCCUGUAAUGCUGUGGACAUGAUUGCACGCCGAUUGCGUUUGUCAUUCCUUAACGUGCAAGCUGCCCAGGAAGCCCUGCCGGUUAUUGUCGAUAUUAUGGGUGAGGAGUUGAAAUGGUCGAAGGAUGAAAAAGAGAAACAAAUUAAAGCCGCCUCGGAAUUCUUGGCCGGCGAAAUGGGUCUGAUGGUUAAUCGUGCCACUAAGGAGAGAAUACAAAUUAAAUUGUCCAAGGAAGAAAUUCAGACAUACAUUAAACGCUUCCAACUUAUUGAUAAAGAAAACAAGGGUUAUGUUUCGAUCAAUGAUAUUCGUCGCGCCCUUAAGAACUUUGGUGAUGGUGAUAUUUCCGGUGAACAAUUGCAUGAAAUCCUUAGAGAAAUCGAUACCAACAUGAACGGUCAGGUUGAACUGGAUGAAUAUCUUCAGAUGAUGUCGGCCAUUAAAACUGGUGCUGUGGCAUAUUCACGCUUUGCCCGUUUGGCUGAAAUGGAAGAUCAAAAACAAGAAGCCCAGGCCCUUAAGCAAAAGAUCAGUGUUGAUCGUUCGGGUGGUGGCUUGUAAACGAC